UCCAUCGGUUUUAUUUGUUCUGAAUUUGCUCACUUUAAUAAAGAUAAAGGUUUCAUUUUCCUCAGAUUCUCGUGGCAUUUCAUGCUAGUACCAAAUCAACAUGUACAUGAUGCAGUUGCAACUCUUUUACUAGCGAUAGUGUUUGUGUUAGUGUAAUAUUACCAGUAUCGUAGACCUGGAGAACAGGUGUUGGUAGUUAUGGUUCUUAUUGGGUGAAGAUGUCUGGCUUGAUAAAUAGUGGGUCAGAAGUCCUCAUGACAACGCCUAGACCUGAAUAAGCAUUCAAGAAAGUAUAAGAAGAACAGAAAUGGCGCACGUGGAGUAUCUACCUGCCGGUCGGACGACUGAGUUCCUGCCCGAUCAUCUAGUGCAUACCAUCGGACGAUGGAGGCACAGCAACCACCAAAAAGUGCUUGCUUUGUUGAAGAAUGGUCCCUGCUCCGCCGAGGAGAUGGCCUAUGGUAAAAGUAGAAGAAAAGUAGUCGUGAGAGUAAGAAACUUCGGAUUCGGCGAACACGUGCAGCAUAUUUUCUAAGGCCCUGCCGACUCAUCAACAUAUUUAGCCUGCCUGCUUUUUGUUCCUAAACCUAAACCUCACGCACGCCCUCUCAGUGCAGGAUAGAUGAUGACGAUGACGAUUAGCCUACUUGUUUUUUAAUUUAUUGUCAUGAUGUUGAUCAAAAAACACACAAGAACAUUUAUCUCCAGCCCUGCGUCUAACCGGUUCGUUGGGCGAACAGCCGGAGUGUGAGGAUAGCGGCACAGUGGGCAUUGCGGGGUUGCUCGAACUGUGCGAGGCCUUCUGGAUCCAGGUGAAUGAGCAUCUUGAGACUUACCCGAUAAAUGUGCAGAGCAAAAUCCUUGACUCCGUUGCUAUCCUGACGAAGCUGCUGCUGGAUCCGAAGUGUUGCGGAGACGAGCUGCGCGCCGAAGAGAGCCUGCCGGCGCGGACAAAGGCCACACUCGAACAGUUUCGCAGUGAAGUAGAGAACUGGUGGCCAAGCUUGCGACCAGCGCAUCUUCCCCCGAACCAGGAUGAGGGAGCAACCGAAGAGGAUAUUAGCGGCUUCGCUACUCCCGGGGAGGGUGUCGUGGUGCACAACAAUGUUGUGGGGGCUACAACGAGUGGCGGCCGCUCAUCCGUCGCGAGUUUUCACACGGCAAUGUCGACACCGCCGGCGAGUUCGUCCAGCGCGGUGGCUGCGGGGCCGCUGGAGGUAGUGGGUGGGUCGUCGUCUUCCUCGGCGCCACCACGACGCUUGUGCCUGAUCACGCCCACAAAGUUUCACGCCGCCCAGGUCAAAGACCCGGGCCAGCGCGACGCGGAGCGCGAAGUCGAGUCGCGCUUUGCGCAGAGUUGGGCGCGGCACGACAUCACCGCCCUUCUCACGGAAGAGGGCAUGCGGGCGGACAUGGAGGAGCGAGCGAAGCUCAAAGCCAGACUGAUCAAGGACCUCAUCCUGCCUAAUUGGAAAAAGCCCGUCGAGCUGUUGUUCGCGCAGCUCCGGCGGGCAGCCAGGCUGGACAAUGGCGCCGGCAACGGCGAACACGACAACCUGGCCGGUGCCUGUGGACACCUGGUUGGCGUCAUCGCGCUCGCAACAAAGCACUGCGAGGACCCCAGGAUCGCCACCGAGCUAGUGAGCUUUCUUGCGACGGGUAUUGAUCCGUUGCAGAAGAUCGGAGUGCUGCAGUGCCGGUUACUGGUGUUGCUACUGCCUAAUUGCGUCCUGCAGGAAACCAUCGUUGACGGGCGGCUGUGGAGGUGGUGGGGGAUUCUCGAGGAAGGAAAACUUGCGAAGUUUGACAUGAUGUGGUUUAAGGUGCUAGCCAGGUUCGCCAAAAACAGGUGGCGCGGCGGCCUUGCUUGUUGUGACGAGGAGGUGCAAGAGAAAGCGGCAACGGUGCUGGCGCGCAAGAGCACCUGGCUCUUCAAUAAGGUGCUGCGCCGCAUGUGUCUACCGCUGUUCUCGCCGGUGGCCAGCACGCUCGACGCUGCCACGGCCCAGGCGAAGCUGGAUACGUCCCGCUAUGGCGAGACCUACAAGCUCCCGAACUCUUUGGAGCAAUUGAUGGGCCCGGUAUCAACCUGGAAAUUCGUCACCAAGUUUCUGGUCUACUCCUUGGAAUCCGACCCUGGACUCGGAGUUGUUGCCGAGGACCCGAAAGGCUCUACUACUGCAAGGUCUUCUGACAAGCUUGCAGGUAGUGCAGCAGCUUCGCCCAGCACUACAACCUCGUCCUCAGCCAACAUGUUGUAUUGGCAAACCUUGGAGCUAUUGCUUCGCCGCAUUUUCCCCUACAUUCAGGGAGACCGAGGCGAAUGGUCCUGGCACGUGAUGACUUUCAUCUACCUCCUCACCAAUGCCUACGCUAUGCGGGCGUCUCGCGAGCGCACCCGCGCGCGCGGCGCCGGUCGCCUGCUCCGAGCCCCAUCAAAAUCCAGGGAGCUGCCUUUCCUGUCUAAGGAUGCAGACACGUACUUUUGCUUUCUCGUGGUUCCAUUGUUGAAAAAGACCAUGGUGCAGCGCGACGCGUACGCACAGCACGCGUCGCUGGACUCGCUGGCCCGGCUAGCACGGCUCACGAACGACGACACGUUGAAAGUUUCGCAAGUGUCCACAGAACUAGAGAUCUCCAUGGGCAGCGCGACCGUAGAUGAGGUUUUCAAGAAGUACAGUUCCAGUUUCUCGCUUUUCCACCAGUGGGACGUGGAGAAUUCGCUCCACAGCCUCUUCUGCUCCGGUUUGGAGGUUUUGAACGACCCCAGUCAGGCGACGCGGAUCAACGGCAUCUUCCGGCUCUUCGCCAGGCUGAUGCCUUCCGUGCUGCGGUUCUUCCCUUCCUUUGUGCCACAAAUUCUGGACCUUAUUCUAGUGGGUAUCGACCCUACGGACUCCGCCAAGACGCUGGCGGUCGCCGCACUGAUUGUAAACCUGUUCAGCUCCGUGCCCUGUCUGGACAUCGGCGACCUCCCAAGCGAGCAGAAGUCCGACGCGACCGCCAGGGCACCGGCGCCGCUCACCUGCCGGGAUGAGGCAUAUCCUGGCGAGAUGGUGCUGCGAGUUGGCAGUUCUGUUAGUUCAUCGUCUUCAGGAAGAAGUGGUGCUUCUGCAGAUGUUGAUCGCGCCUUUUGGGAGAAGUGGGAGGAGGAGCGCAAGUCCGGUGCUGUCAUGGCAUCCAGUGCCAUGCCUGGGUUUGCACUGGACCUGUUCGACCGCAGUCUGCAGUACAUUCUGGACACCUCGCUGGAUGGGGGCAAGAAGGGGCAAGCUUUGAACACCGGGCAGGCGCUCGACAAGGUAAACGGCAACCUGCUCUUUAUCUGCAACUUUUUGGUGCUCUCCCAAACGUCCACAAGCAUCCAGAAUCAGGUGCUCGAGCGGAUGAAGGAGUUUGUGCAGGGAGAGAUCCACAAGGACAAAAUUAAGACGGUGAAGGGUCUGCUGCAGGCGAUCGCGCGCGCCAUGCCGGAAGCCGCACUCCGGGAGCUGUUGCCGCUGCUGGUGAAACGCAUUGAGUCCGGGCGCAGCGGGCACGUAGAGGUGUUUUACUGCAUGAGUCUGCUGCAAGGUCUGGUGCGUUUAGUGGGAGGCACGGCCCUGCUGCCUUACCGCCAGGAGCUGGAGCGCGUCCUCAGCUUCGGUUUGAACUACUGCAAGCAGUCCACCAGCGAAAAGGCCGCAGCAGUGAGUGGCGGCACAGACAACAGCAAGGAGAACCGCGCGGUUCACAAGGCUACCGCAAAGUUAUUUCGACGUCUCUUGGCCGCGCUCGGGAGCAGCUACAUCGUGAACGACUUCCGCGUGGUCAGCGAAAAGGAUUGGAGGAAUGGGCUGACGCAGCAGCAGGUCCAGAACCUGUGGGCGCAAGUGCCGUGGUGGCGUUGCUUUCCGCUGCGCAAGCCGGUUUGGUACGUCCCAGGCGUGGAGGAGCUCGCGUGGGCUACGGAACUCGGCAGCACAGUCGCCAGCAAUAUUCUUCAUCUGGUGUGCGCCGCCUACGUCGGCGGGAGUGUUGCCGUCUCAGGUGGAACUACGACCAGCAAUGCAAGAACAACGAAAGACGCUGCAGAUGCUCCUCCCCCAUCCGCUGAUGCGAUGGAUGUGGACACGCCAACGCCCGGAGCGCAGGGAGGUGGUUUUUUCAAAAGAUGCAAAACUGCCGCUGCCUGGAUCGAGGAGCUGCUCGAAACGCCAGACACGCCAUGCGAUGCUGCAAAAUCGAAGGACACUGGGGACUGGGAAGCGCUGAAGGACGACGCAUCAUCCAUAACAUUCGAAUCACACACAGAAACACGCACCGAAUUCCGUCGGGCGUUUAAAGUCAUUCACCAACUUGCCGAAUCCAGUGGCGCCCCGGGUUUGCGGCUGGUUGGUGGGUGCAAGGAGGACUUCGACUUGCUGGAGAGUGAGCAAAGCCAAGUUGCUACGGCGGGAGCUGGUGGAAAGAGGAACGCAAGUCGGGUUCAACUGCUGCGCAACUUUUCUCGGCAACCCUUUCUCCUCGCGGACCGGGUGCUCAGCCUUUUCAAGGCCUUGCUGCGAGGGGGACACGCACUCUGGGCUGACGAGCUGACCGACUACAAAAUCUGGACGGCGCCGCAGUCGUUUCCACACUUCUUCGAGCCACUCGCGAUUGCCAUGCGCCUCAUGCUUGAAAAGGGCCUGAUGGGAAGUAAUGCGGAGACGGUCGCGGUCUCCGAAGAGCUCGAUGCUGCACUUCUUCACGCGGGGGACCCGCCAGCGGGGCAAAGCAAGUUGGCAACGACAUCCGCAGCAUCGUCCUCGUCGGCCGCUGCUGCCACUACAUCCACAGCAGCUUCGCUAAUGCCGCUCCCCUCUGCCGUGGCGGGUACGGGGCUCACGUCUCCCCAGGUGACGAAAAAGUACUUGCGCUGCGUUGCGGAGCUGUGGAUGAACCAGAUCCCCUGCAACUCAGGGUCGCUGUUCCGCACGAAGCGACCAGCGGGCAGCCAGCGCGGCGACCCGUUCUUGACUUGGUACAUGAAUCUGUUCGGCGAGUCAGUGAUCUAUUCCCUGAAAAUUAACCAUCCCCGCCCAAUUUGUCAGGCGAAAUAUGUACGGAAAUUCUUUGCUUUUCAUGCGGUUGAAGGUCGCCGAAAAUGCUUCCUCGCCCACCCUCCGGGGAGGGGAUCCUUGGCCUGUGGAGCUGGCUGCGGGUGUCCACUACAUGAUGACGAUGAUUCAAAAAAUGGAUGGUAAUGGUUAAUUUUCAGGGAAUAUGAUCUCGCAGAUGGCGCAGACACACUAUCUGGCGAAGCACCGCGACGUCCCAAGGCUGUGGUGGACGCAGAAACUCUGCGUCACCGUGGACAGCCACUCCGCCGAUCGGGUGAUGGCGGGCUACACCUAUCAGGGGCAGCGGCGGCAUCUGUGCGAGCUGUUACUGGAAAUCUCACUCGGGUCGCCGGACGCGCAGAUCCGGCAACGGGCCCAGGGUCUGCUCAGUCGCGGGGCGCGAAAGCACAUCGGUGCCAAAGGCUCCCUGGCGCAGAACUUUGCGGUGCGGCUGCGCGGAGUCAAAUACCAGAUGCAGGGGCUUCUGCGGCAAAUCGACUUCUCCGAAGAGCAGAAGAAGGCAUUUGCAAACCAGCUCAACGGGAUCUCAUUCACGGUUGGUGGAACCAUGCGAAGCAUGCUGAUCACCCUGUGGCGCGGAAGAGGCCGCGCGUCCGCAGCAUUUUGCUACAAGCUGAUGGACCUCCUGUAUCAUCUCUCGAUUUCGCACCAGUCGAGCAAAGAGGUCGUGAAGACCACUGUUAUGGGAUUGUAUUCAGUUUUGAAAUCGACAAAGUUGGAAGAUUCUGCAAAAAUGCACAAAAUCAAAUUCAAAAUCGACACCAGUUUAUUUGUUGUUGUGGCCCUACAAUUUCUGUUUCUAGUAAGCGCAUGACAUUAGAUUUCGUCGCACCUUGUUCAUACAAUUUGUCAGGCUGAGGCUGUUUCAUUGGGCGGCAAUUAGAAAAUGAAAACCUGUUUCCGUGGUCAACAAACAUGCAACUCCCGUACAGCUGUAAGUAUCUGUGUCUCUGACGCAUGUCCCUAAACAGGCUCACAAGCAGCCUUAUAAAAUAAAUUCAUGGCACUUGGCAUUUCAUGCGUUGCAAAUCAGUUCUUCAUCGGCUUUGUCAAUUUCGAGCCUGGCGCCUCCACAAGUGUGCUACAGCGAGUAUUUUGCUGUGUCGACGCGUGGAUUGUAUGAAGGAAAAGCACUAGUGAUCAUCUUCCGGACUGCUGCUACUCCCAAAUAGAAAAAAGCGAGUUGGUUGCCACCUGCUUAACUCCUUUCGUGAUGCAAAACGCCCCCCUCCAAACAAAAUCACUCGCGGCUGCAUGGAAAUGCGCGAUUUUUGAUGUUGUAUUGUAUGCAAAUCCGCGUGGCAGAGGACUGCGGCUUUUUGCAGGGCUGUCAUCUGCAGCUGUCCUUACGAUCAGCACUCGCUUCUCCUUUAUAGACUGAGCACCGCGACCGGCCGUGCUAUACCAAAAAACGAAAAAUGCGGGAAAGCGUUGCCGUAUCGCCUGACGACGAUGACCAAGAAAGCAAAGGCCGAACAAAUCUGUUGCUGGAUAGCCAGAGCCCUUGGAAGGUAAGUAAGAAGUUCCCUUCAGAUUACGAUGAACAACACCUCUGAGUCUGAGCAGCUUCAGAUAGUAUUUAUUCUGUCAUUGUAUACUAUACAUAGAUAGAGAUACUAUGCUUACGAUUAUGAUACGUCAGAACAGGGUAUAGAUGCUCUUGAUUGCUGUGAUCAACGCCAACGGCAGUUCCGAAGUACUUCUCAUCGAAGAAAACUGCGCAAGAACCGCAAACAUCUAUGUAUAGUCCUCGCAGCGUGGUUAUUUUUUGUGUGCUUCGUUGAUAUGUAACAAGGAAAUGCAAGAGGAACACGUCCACGAACAAUGCGCAAACAGAGAAGCAAGCGGAAUGUUUUUCGUGAUUUUCACACAGAUCGAGGACUUUUUGGAGAUUUUUCGACGACCGGACUGCCACUGGCGUGUCAAAACCGUGUUGCUGGUAGUGGCUAUGGUACUUUGCCACCACGCAGAUGGGCCGGAAAACUUAUGGGAGUUGAUCCUGAGGGAAGCGAUUCCGGUACUUCAACCCACAGCGCAGCAGGGCUUGAUCCGCGCGAGCGUGCUGGCGAUGGUGUUCGGGUUCCGAAAGCACCCUGGUUUGGUUCGCCUGGUGCCGGAUUGCUACCCCGGUGGUUGGGACGCCUUUUUUGCCGCCGCCGCAGAGGCACUGCCACAGUUGGCGCGGAACGUGGCAGGGACAGGUCAGGACCCUACACGGGGCACGUUUGACGCGAUGCGGUCUUUUCGUGUGACCUUCCCCACCUCCUGGAUCCGGCACAGCGGGGCAAACUUUUCGACCUGCAACGCGCUGUUCUGGCAGACGGUCGUUGCCGCUAUGCUGAAGCAAGGUGACGCACUCGCCGCCGUGGUCGAAAAUGGGACCAAGACGAUUGCGGCGUUCUGCGCGGCAAAACCCAUGCAAGAAGAACACUACCACACCGCGGUGAUAGAAGUCACCGCGGGUGUGCUCCGCGCGGCGCGAAAGGUGCCCGACUCGGUGAAGCAAAUGUGGGCCGUGCUGCAUUCCGUGCUCCGCACCGAGAUCCUCACGUGCAGCAAAGAGGCGCAGAGCGACUGGGCGGAUUGUUUUCGGUACAUCGUGACCGGUACCAGCAAGAAACUCCGCCUUCCUGCUGGAGAGGAUGGCGGAGGCCAUGCCGUCAGCAUCGGUAUCCAGCGCAAAGAACAUAGUAAGUAUUUGGACUUGGAGUUGCAUGAUGUUGUUUUUCUUCCUUAUUGCUGGUGGCGGAAGUAGAAAUAGAAAUACGUCGCGCAAUGCGCGCCUCAAAGGCCCAUAUACAUAGUUGUACUUUUGCGACGAAUACGAUACUUUGAUGGCUUUUGCAGGCCGAGUUUGUGUACUAACCAUGAUCUGAGAAAACAGUGGCGAUUCGAUGCAUACGGUCUUGUAAAAGAAGAAAGGCGCCGCAGAAGGACGGACCAUUGUCAUGCUGCGCUUUUGUGCGAAAAUAAUGAAUAAAGGAUUUACGACGUUGUGCCUGAGAGACUAUUCUUUCCCGCUGGAUAACAGUCCACGCAGUGCCGCUACUAAACUUCGCUAUGCGUGGGCUGGAAAAUGAGGCGAAGAGCCCGCCGGAGCAUGCGGUGCUGGUUCCGAUUCCCGACGACGAGUGUACCGUGACCAACCUGGAGGAGGAGGAGAUCGCGGCAGAGAGCUCGUUUCUACAGGUGAAAAAAAUGCGGCUGCGAUUGGCAGUGAUCAUUGAGGUACUCACUUUGCCACAAAACUUGCCACCAGAGUGGGGGCCCGCUAUCCUUUCCAUUUUCCGACACGCUCGGGCGAGGCUCGCGCACCCCUUGAAGAACUUGCGGGAAGAAGCUGCGCGCGUUGUGUCAGGCUUUCUGCGACUGGGAAUCGGCUCUCGGCUUAACACUGGGGAGGCUUGUAUCGAACAGCCCGGUGGGAAAUCGACAGAAUGAAAAUGGAACGUGAUUGAGAUUGUGAAGCAAAAAAAUUGUGGACGACAGCAUUCCUUGUGUAAGUACGUCGUAGCUUCCAAGCAGCGCAUGACAAGCAUGCAGACCCAAUUACGCAGUUGUCGUCAAAGAACAAAGACGACUUCUGCCUGUGUCGUGCUCCUUCGCAGCUCUAUUCCUCACCGUGAACUUGCUUUCAGUCGGCUUCGCUUGCCUCGCUUUCAAUUUCAGAAAUUGUUCGAGCCAUUUUUAUUUUACAAAAUGGCCUGCUCCGUCCUGCAUUACAAAUUGAAAUUAUCUUCUUGCUGCAUGUCUGCAACGAAAAGACGAAAUGCAUUUGGAUUUGCUUAACGGUUUAGGGUUUAGGGUUAACGGAGGCCAUUUCCAUUGUGAGAAUUUUCCAUCUGACGCCUCUAUAGGCUGGAUUAAGAUCCCGGGUGGAGUCUGCAUGGCAAUCACAGACGACGUCCGCGAAACUACACAGAGGCUGGCCGAGAAGCUGCGCGAAGACUUGCAGCAACAGCAGGACGGAGGUGCAAAUAGUCCAGUCAAAAAACCAGGUAUGUCUUGUUGAAAAGGAUUUGCUUCGAUUUUCAUUUCCUAGCCGCAUCAACAUCACUGUUGUAAAGAUCCUUGUUAAUAAUUAUAUUUGACGACCGCGAGGAGCAGGAUGAGGAAAUAUUGAUAUUCGUGCCCUACGAGGCUUGUACUAAAGUUGUGGCUGUGGGGGCGGUUUAUUUUUCACUUUUAGGUUCUCCUUUUCUCUGACUGUAUCCGUUCAACACUGGUAGGUGAACAACAGUUGGCUCACCACUUUGACUGUGGCAUUAAGAUGAAGACUGCGAGUGUGGCUGUAAGUUCUUACAGCCACACUCUCACUCGCAGCCUUCAGUAGGUGGUUGUCGUUGUUAUUCUAUAAUCAUUAACAAUAAAUCAGGUGUGGUCCACAACGCGAACGACAUCGACAAGGCAGGGGCACCGACGUCUUCCAGUGGUGGCGACACAGGUAACAGCCCUACGAAGACUGGCAUGAAAGAGCUACAACGCAAGCCCCACGUGAACGAGUCGAUGGGGGUUUUGCACGUUUUGAUCCAUGCCGUCAGUGCAGGAAAGGCUUUCGCGCUAGACGACUGCUUCUUGAAUUUUGUCGUAUUGUGUUCGACGCACCACGACCAAGAUCUCCGCGGACUGGGAUGGAUGGUCUUGGCACAAGUUGCGUCGGCUGUACCCCCGAACCGUGCUCUUCUUCAGACAUCAGAGAUGCAAACCUCGACCUCGUCGUCCUCCCUCUCCACAGCGGACGACAUUUUGGAGGCCUACCAGGCGAAAAGGCUGCAAAAAUUGGUGCAAGAGUUGAUGGUGGACCGAUGGCCGACGUGGGGCAGCAAAGAGCGCGAGAAGGUGCUGUUGUUUGUCUCGCUUCUGUGUUUAGCAAACGUAGUGGUGUACGAUCUGCUUCCGGAAACCCAAAGCGUUUGCGUCUCGGUCGCAGAGGCAGCCCUGCUAGAUGCUAAGCCGGACGUGAAGUUUGCCGCGAAGCGCCUGCUCACAGCCCUCUUUCUGGCCGAGGAGCAAACCAAACUCUUGCCGAGAUACCGGGUACAGUUACUUUACUUUAUGCAUGAUCUUUUAUAUUUAUUAUUUUCUCAUUUCAUCUGUGCACCAGAACUAGAUCCACAUGUAGUCUCCAUUAAUACGUGUAUGACAAACAUGUUGUUGAACCUUUACGCUGGCAUAAAUUUCACACGACUCAUUCGUAAUUCCAACGUUUCAGGGUGCGUCACCCGGAGCCGGUGUGGCAGGCAAAAAGGCAGACGAGGGGGCUUCUACAAAACCUGAACAAGGUUUGUUAGCAAGCUCAGGAGCGCUCACACCUCUCCAAACGGUGCAGUGUUUGGUGAUUCUGCUUUACGUGAGCAUGGACUUUGGUUCCCCGAAACAGUUUACCGGCGGUGUUAUUGAGGCUCUUGCGCCCUUCGGAAACGGCCGAAAGUUUCAACAGACUAUUUUAACUGAGGUUCAGAACGCCUUUCAGGCUUUUUUGAAAAACCAGCAGCGCAGUGAUAUGACCUGGCGGGAGUGCAGGAAAAAAUUGUCUGCCAAGCAGCUCGACCUCGUGGACGCGUAUAAGGGCAAGUUGAGCUACUUCAGCUAG